UCUCCCUGUUUGCAUGCACGUUCUAUCUCAUCUGGGCCUGGCUGAGGGAGAUAAUUUUUUUGUCUGAUUUCAUCAGUAUUUUUAACUCAUCCUGGAUGGUAUACAUGCCCACUGAUCCAUCCCAUUCCUCUUCCGCCUUGUUCUGCCUCCCUUUUCGCGAUCCCCGUUGCGCUAGCCACGCGCCUACUUUCGCCUCCUCGCGCGCCUUGUCCGAGCAGAUCCCAAGAUAGGUAUCACAUGUGCGCAGCCUCUGGGUUAGAGCCCCGACUGUGAAUUCAAUUCGGACCGAUGGCUUCCAACAACCACAAUGUAGCGCGACCAGGCCUGCCCGUGUCGUACUCGCAGAGCAGUAUGGGGUCCGGUAAUGGGUUACAAUACUCGCAAUCGCAAAUGGGAUCCUUCAAUGCUUCCCAAUCCGUCGCCUCAACUCCCCGAGCAACACCACCACCCAAGGGAUCGCAACAGUCAACCAUGUCGUUUAACUAUCCCAACGGUAUGCCGAACAUGGCUAGAAACAGUUUUAGUGGGAUGGAGGAAUCGAAUGGUUAUGGGCCAAUGAUGACAUAUCAUGAAGAGUUCAAGCCUCAGAUCUACAGGGCCGUCUAUUCGAAUAUCGCGGUUUACGAAAUGGAAGUCAAUGGGGUCGCCGUCAUGAAGCGUCGCUCCGACUCUUGGUUGAAUGCCACACAGAUUCUUAAGGUUGCCGGGGUAGCGAAAGCCAGAAGAACAAAAACUCUCGAAAAGGAAAUUGCGGCCGGUGAACAUGAAAAAGUACAAGGAGGGUACGGAAAAUAUCAGGGGACCUGGGUGAAUUACCAAAGAGGCGUCGACCUUUGCCGGGAAUAUAACGUCGAAGAAAUGCUGAGGCCCCUUCUUGAAUAUGACAUGGCCCCCAAUGGAACCAACCCUGCGGUGCACGAUACGUUGGAUACACCUACGAAGGAACAAGCGAUGGCCGCACAAAGGAAACGUCUCUACAGCGGUGUGGAUAAUCGUGGUGUGAGUCAACCACAACAGGGCACUUUCUUCCAGAACAUCUCUCGCACUGCCGCGACCGCCGUCAACGCUAUCAGUAAAGCUCGUUUCGACUCCCCUGCCGCUCGGGGCACUGACAAUAGACGAACGAGUAUGAUUCGCAGGCCUUCGCAACAGAUGAGCAGCCAAGAGUCCACGAUGCCCUACAACAGCCAGCAAAGCAUGUAUAGUGUGACGUCUGAUAGUGGCUUCGGGAGCAACUUCCAGAACAGCAAUCGAUAUCCGCCCAAUGAUGCCUCAGGCCUUGAUCAUGAGGAGCCCAUGGAGCCUCCUCUGAAGCGCAUCAGAUCUUCCUCCAACCACCCACCGUCGUUUGGAAUGCAUCGUGAACCUUCGACAUUGUCAAUGCAUGAGCCAACACCAACUGAACCCAAUGACUCCUUCUACCAGGACAUGGAUAUUUCAAAUUCUAUGGCGGAUGGCAACCCACGUGGCUCAGAGCCCGUUGCCGCGCCCUCAACACCACACAGGUUUCAGAAGAUGAAGCUGAUCAUGACGCUGUUCCUUGAUAAACGGACCAAAGAUUUCUCAAACCACCCUGCUCUACUACAGCUAAGCGGCGAUGACCUAGAGAUUCCACUCGACGAGUAUCGGAACAACGCUCUGCACUGGGCAGCUAUGCUUGCCCGUAUGCCAUUAGUGCAUGCACUUAUUGAGAAGGGUGUCAGUAUUUUCCGUCUAAAUGGCGCUGGGGAAACGGCAUUGCAAAAGUCUGUUGGGACAAGAAACAAUCUUGAUUACCGAAGCUUCCCGCGUUUACUGCAGGUGCUUGCUCCCACUAUUGACAUGGUUGACUUUAGCGGACGUACAAUCCUCCACCAUAUUGCAGUGAUGGCAGCAACCGGGGGCGGAGGUCAUGUGUCAGCCAAGCACUACAUGGAAGCAUUGCUUGAGUUCAUAGUCCGUCAUGGGGGGACUUCAGUCGGCCAGCAGAUCUCCAAUGGUGCCAUCGAUAAAGGGCAGAAUGGUCUACAACCAGGCCAAGUCAUAACACUGGGUCGAUUUAUCUCGGAAAUAGUCAAUCUCCGUGAUGACCAGGGAGAUACUGCACUCAAUCUGGCAGGCCGUGCACGUUCUGUCCUCGUGCCUCAACUUCUGGAAGUGGGUGCGGAUCCUCACAUACCCAAUCACACUGGUCUCCGGCCUGCAGACUACGGUGUCGGCGUUGAUAUGAUAGACGGCAAUCCGCAAUCCCAGCAGUCUGGGAAUAGGAAUGAUUCCUUCACAGAUCAACUUGCCAAGGCAAAGAAAGAAAUUCUUGACACAACAUUAUCCCAAAUCAACACAAUGGUGCAGGAAACAUUAAGCAGUAUUGACAAGGAGCUAUCUUCGAAUUUGACAAAGAAGCAAGAGAAGUUUGACCACUGGCAUUCAAAAAUCCGGGAAACUGCGAAGGCGCGGCAAAUUGAGCAAAAACAGCUUGAUGAAUUAAGGCGCAGAUCAUCAGACCGUGUGGAGCUCGAAAGACGGAUAAAAAAUCUGGAAAGAUCGUCCCAAGAUCUUGUUGCAAACCUGAAGAAUGCUCACAGUCAAUCGCUCGGUCCAUCAAAAAUUGUCACGGUUGGAGAUGCCGACAAAGACUCUGGGGUUGAAGUUGCCGAAUUCGAGUCCAUAUUCCCUGAAGACUUUGACCCUGCCUCUGGAUUUUCCGAGCAACAGGCCGCCUAUCUUGCAUCGUUACCAUCCGUUGGGACAUUGCAACAACGCAUAAAAUGUUACCAAGAUUUCAACGGGGAAUUAUUUUCUGAGGUGGGCCGGCUCAGGUCCAAGAAUGUGGUACUUGGGGAAAACUACCGACGAAUGGUAAUAGCGUGUACAAAUUGGACAGCUGAGCAAGUUGAUGAGGCUGCCGAGGGAUUAACACAGUGUGUCAAGGAAAUCAACGAUAACCCAGUACCCGAAGACGAGGCUAUUGAGAUUUUGAUGAGAGACCGUGGCCAGGAUUGGUAGAGGGCUCUUCACGACUAGUUCUUUUCGAAGUUUACGAUAUUUCGCGUCAAUACUUUUGUUUAUCUGACUGUCCUUGGAUUCAGCUACGCAAGGAGGUAUUGUUCAUAUAUGGGAUUUUGUUUUACAAGCAUUCGUGGAGUUAUCUUCAUUGUGCCUUUUGUGGCGUUUUUCAGCAUUCAGUCUGUGUUUACAGAUACCCUGAGGGCAGAUAUAAUGAGUUUAGAUCAUGUUAUAUUAUUUCAUUCAUGGCUGCAUCAAGUUUGAUGCCAAGCUGAUCAUGCUUCUGUUCUUUUUGGCAAAAUUCCAUCAAUCAUGAUUCCAUGUCUUCGACUGCAACAAACUGCAUCGUUUAAAUUUUCAGAUUCUGGAUUCUUGGCUGCCAUCCACACUUUGUCUUGGUGUCUUGUCUUCGUGUCUUGUCUUCGUGUCUUGUCUUCGUGUCU